AUGGCCAGAAGUUACUCCUUAAUGAGCUUCAAAAUUACAAAAGUCAUUAGUACCUACAGAGCUUCAAAUGCUAAUACUAGAAUAACUUGUAAGGGAACUUUAAUCUAACGAAUGUUCAUCAAAGAAAUAAUAAAGAAUUAUGUCAAAUAUCAAAGUAGUUUAUAACUUGAUGGUUUGGGUGCACUGAGAAAUCUAAUUAAAAAUGCAGAUGACUUAAGUAUCAACAUUAACAAGGCAUAAAAUAUUGAAUUCUUUGUCGGAUCGUUGAGUGAUGGUCAUGGAGAGUUUGGAUCUUAAAUUUCUUCUUAUUUGCAGAAUUUUAUUUGGAGGAAUUAAUUUGACCUUAAAAGGAAGUCUAAAUAAGAUAUAUUUUAAUUAAAAUUGAUAAAUCUAUUAUAGCAGAUUGAACUAAAAUUAACUGCCAAAAUAUUAUUUGAUUGCAAACUAAGCGGAGCCUCACUGCUUAGUGAAAUUAUAGUUAGUAAUGUAUUAUAUUUUUCGAAUUGGGAGACUCUAAAGCUUCUUACUUUUAUAAAUCAGAGUAGUUAAAUGAGAAUUCAAAAGAUAUAAGAAAAUUUGUUUAAAAUUUAAACUAAAUACAUGAUACAAAUAGCGGAAAGGAAGUAGAUAGGAUAAGGAGGAAGGGAGGAAAAUAGAUUAGGCCAUUUAAAAGGAUAAAAGGAAGGCAGUUUGAAAAUUGGAUGUUUCGGAAAUUCAAUAGGGAAAUCCAUAGGAAUUACAGCUAAAAAUGAUUUUAAAGAAUUUAAAAUCCCAAAAUAAGGGUAUCUUCUUAUGGCAAGUACGGGAUUGUGGGAGAAGUUGGAUAUUUUGCUGAUUGAUAAAAUCUUAGAUGAUAAUUACCCUCCUUAAAACUUGGGCUGA